AUGUUGCAGCAACUGGACGACGAAGAUAGGCUCAGCGCUCUCACUGAUGAUAUUUUACUGACUAUCUUGGGGAGAGUCAGUUCACUUGUGGCUACAAGGACAAGUGUGCUCUCUACACGGUGGAGGCGUCUGCCUUGGUUGCUGCCUGAACUCAGCAUCGAUGUCCAGGAUUUCCUAUCCGCCCCUUUCGCUGACCUUGUUGAGGCAAAUGAUAUGGAACAAGCCAUGGCGAAAGAUUUGGAUCUCGGCAUUCUUGAUGAGACACGGAGUCUCGACCGUAGUGACGAAGAGAUGCAACAGAGAACUCAAGACAUAGAUGAUUUUUUCACUGCCCACCCUAGUGUGCUCCACUGCCUCACAAGGCUCUUUCUAAAAAAUGUAGGCUUUGACAAAUUGGACAUGCACCGUGUCCUGUUUGACUGCUGCAAGCAACUUAAGCAUCUAACCCUUUAUUAUUGUGAUACUGGUUCCUACUCUGUCUUUAAGAUUGAUGCACCAGACUCAAAACUCUGUGUUCUUGAAAUUGAGAAGUGUCGCUUUCUGAGAAUCGACCUUGUCUGCCUCCCUAAAUUGGAGAAGCUCUUUUGUGAAACCCUUUGGUUGGAACCUGAAAUGGAGGAACUCCGCACCUCAUUCAGCAAGCUAAGGAAGCUGUACGUAUGGGAGCAUACAUGCGAUGUGGGUGAGGCCAGACCCGCUUCCUACCUUGACAGAAGGAGUCCAAAGUGGGAAAUGCACUUGGAUAGCAGCUCCGAGAACAAGCUUCUGAAAGAGCUAGAAUUCGCUGGAUUUAAAUCGCAAGAACAACAAUUUACAUUUAUAAGGUCCAUGUUGGAGCGAUCUCGCAACUUGCAAAAGAUAGUUCUGAGAGAUGAGGAGCAGUGCGGUGACUGCGACACCCUUGAGGCACCUCGUCCUUCGAGAUUUCCACAUAAGAAGGAGGAGCAAGAAGUGGUCGUUAAGCGGAUUAGAGAUGGCAUGUUCUCGCCGGAGAUAAUUUUUCACAAAUAA